AUGAAGACGUCGUCGAAGAUUUUAGUGUUCUUGUUUGCGAUCUUGGCUCUCUGCGCGUGCGUGUAUGGGAGGUCAGUUCCUCAGCUGCGGACUAUCUACAUGGGAGACUCAAUCUUUGAUGUUGGAACUAACAAGUACGUGAAGAACUCUGUUUCUCGUUGUGAUUUUGUGCCGUAUGGGAAGACAAGGUAUAACCAGCCAUCAGGAAGGUGUAGCGAUGGGUUUCUAAUUCCAGAUCUGAUAAACAAAGUGAUCGACUGGGGUGUCGUGUCGUUUAAUGAGCAGCUAAAACAACUUGGACAGCUAGCCAACAAGAUCCCCAUGAUGAAUCUCAAUGACUUUGUGGUAGUGAUAUCUUCGGGUGGCAAUGACAUUGCGGCAAAUCUUCAAAACCUUGCUAAUGUGGACUUGGAAGCAAUGCUAGUGUCAUUGGAGAAAGGCUUGGAGCAACUUUAUAAAUAUGGAUUCAGGAAGAUUGUCUACUCUAGCCUUGGGCCGUUAGGGUGUGUGCCUAUUGUCACGUCGGAUGGAAAUUGUGUGAGAGAGAUCAACGAUUUAGUCGAACAAUUCAAUUGGCAAGCUCGGGCGAUUGUUUUGGGGGUGGCAAAGAAAUUCCCAGGGAUGAGAGGUGCAUUUGUUGACGGCUAUUCACUGAUCAAAUCAGCUUGCAACCAGGCAGAAGAAAGCUGCCGAAUGGAAGCACCGUAUCCAUCCUUCGCCUGUUCUUCAUUGCGAGCUGGCAUUUGUGAGGCAUCAGCAGUUUCUUUCUACUUCGACAUGGAGCAACAUGCCCCUCCAGCUAUGACCAGCUCUAGGCCUUGCUCUACCACAGUUUCUCCCACCAGCGAGGCCAUAUUUUUCUUUCGACGGUGUCAUGUUGACGAAGGUGAUGGAUUUGAUCGUCACAGCAAUUCAUCACAAACUACAGCAGCUUUCUAG